AUGGAGCCGUGCUGGAAGCUGGCGCUCUGCUUUGUGGGCCUUGGCGUUGCCUCCGGAGGAGCGGGGCGGGAGGGCCGCUACAUUGCGGCCGUGUACGAGCACGAGUCCGUGCUGAGCCCUAACCCCGCCGCUCUCGUUGACCGACGGGCUGCGCUGGCGCUAAUGGCCAGAAACCUGGACAUCUAUGAGCAGCAAGUAGUGGCGGCUGCAGGACAGGGGGCCCAGAUCAUUGUUUUUCCUGAAGAUGGAAUCCAUGGCUUCAACUUCACCAGAAGAUCUAUUUACCCUUAUUUAGAUCUUUUUCUGCCUGCGCACUCUGUGGAGUGGAAUCCAUGCAGAGCGCCGCGCUUGUUCAAUGACACAGAGGUCCUUCAGCGGCUAAGCUGCAUGGCCUUGAAAAACAAAAUAUUCCUAGUAGCAAACUUGGGAACCAAGCAGGCCUGUGAGCAUGUGGAUCCCCACUGCCCCUCGGACGGGAGGUACCAGUUCAACACCAACGUGGUGUUCGACGCUGACGGAGCGCUGGUAGCUACGUAUCGCAAGCACAACUUGUAUUUUGAAGAUGCUUUUGAUUCCCCUCCAGAGGCUGAUUACGUGCUCUUCGAUACCCCUUUUGCUGGCAAGUUUGGCAUCUUCACUUGCUUUGAUAUUCUUUUCUUUGAGCCUGCGGUGAACCUUGUCAGGCAAUACAACGUGAAACAAGUUGUCUAUCCCACUGCCUGGAUGAACCAGCUGCCGCUGCUGUCUGCUGUAGAAUUCCAGCAAGCUUUCGCAACCGCUUUCAACAUCAAUGUUCUAGCAGCUAACAUCCAUCACCCGGCCUUGGGCAUGACGGGCAGUGGCAUCUAUACUCCAGUCAAAUCCUUCAUCUACCACAACAUGCAAAGCUCUGGUGGCAAACUCAUAGUAGCAGAAAUCCCUGUCAUUACCCCAGAUCACAAAACCAGUUUGGAGAGUAACAAAAUACUUGGAGAGAAUUUAUAUCACUCAUACUCAAUGUUUACAAGCGCCUCGAUGGAUGAUCAAGUUUGCUACAAGGAGGGACAAGAAGUCCCCUGCAGGGUAUCACAAAGUGAAGAGUCACUGCCCCCAUUUUAUGCAGAAAUGAUGUACGACAAUUUUACUUUCGUUCCUGUACAGGAAGACAAAGGAGAGCUCAAGGUCUGUGCCAACACGCUCUGUUGUUACUUGCGUUACCAGCGAGCUGCUUCAACCCACGAGCUUUACGCCCUGGGCGCCUUUGAUGGGCUCCACACCGUGCACGGCACCUACUACGUGCAGGCCUGCGCGCUCGUCAAGUGCGGCGGUCUGCGCUUCAGCUCCUGCGGCCAGGAGGUCACGGAUGCCACUGCUUCGAUAGAUUUCCAGCUCUGGGCAAACAUGAGCACUCCUUAUGUCUUUCCUUUACUGCUCACCUCCGGCGUUACCUUGGAAUUUGCUGACCGCAUGGGCUGGAAAAAUGACCACUAUUUCAUAAGCAAAAAUGGGACAUCCUCUGGCCUACUGACAGCUGCUUUAUAUGGACGCUGGUAUGAGAAGGACUAGUCGCACAGGUAUGUGACUGAUGCA